AUGGUAUCCGAGAAGGAGAUCUUGAACCUAACCGCGGAAAGUCAGGCAGAUGAUGAUGAAGACGAGGAAGAAGAGACAAGUCAAAGGAAUGUCGCUACACCUGGAGACGAAAGCAACGAGAAUCAACAGCAGCCGGCUCCUUCUACUAGUAGUGCAGGCACAAAUAAUGUCGCAUCGACUACCCAGAGACCGAGUAUGACUUUGAAUGCUCGGGGAGAGGCAGAACUUGCUGCUUUUGAAUCCAAAAUCCACCAAUCCAGGGCACCCCGUAGUGGUAGUAGGGAUGAAGACGAAUCCAUACCACUUCCAGCCGAACAGAGAGGACGCAUUGAUGAGGAACUUGGAAAACUCUAUGGUGGCAUGCUCCAGAGAUCGUCUCAUAACGAAAAAGAAACUGGGGGGCAUCCCACUCAAUCCUCUGAUGGCACUGUCGCCACUAUCAACACCAUCAGUAGCAUCUCAGGGUCCGAGGACACUACUGGGAUUCAACGGCCUCAGAGAAGGGCUGUUUCGGCGCCUGUGGCCACACCGGGAGCCUUCCCGAUGGGUACUGAAGGGGCACGACAAAUCACUCAACCUGGCAGAUUAACCACGCAACCCUGCAUGGCAGAUUCUACUUGCCGUACAGAUGAUGACAACACCCCACUGAUUGUCGAAGGAGAUGACGACGAGGAAGCUGCCCCCUUCAACCAUUCGCCCAACAACAAUUCGCCACAAUUGGAUCUAUUGGUCGAAGCCAGAUUGGUUGGAGAACGCUCGGCCGCGCUGUCGUUUGCAACACGCAACAGUGAAGGCUCCCGUCGUAACACACCGGUUCUAGCUCAAGCCAGUCCAAUGGACGAAAAUGCACCCUUGACAUGGAAAGAAGUCCUCACAAGUCCCAAAGUAAUGGUAUUAUUGUCUCUGGCUCUACUACUAGUCAUUGCUGCCUCCAUUGCUGGAAUCAUUAUUGGUGUCUCCCAGAGUGAAACCAACGACAAUAGUGAUGAUACUCAAAGUGCUGUUGUUGUGGAACCGUUCGACAAGACGCUUCCCGAACAAACCAUACAGGCCAUGCAGCAAGAUCCGUCCUCGCCACAAGCUCGCGCCAAUCAAUGGAUGGUGGAAGACCUGCUACAGAAUAAUUCAUUCGACCAACGGAGACAGAGGCAACGAUUCGCCCUCGCUACCUUUUACUAUGCCACGGGAGGGGACGAACAUUGGAGUGAUGAAGGCAACUGGUUGAACCAUUCCCUCAGUGAAUGCGAUUGGGGAUUAUGGGCUGAUUGGACGGUAGGAUUCGGUGGGGACACCGAUAUCGAUGACGGAUUUUAUACCGAUAAUGGAGUUUAUUCCAAACAAAACUUUGAGAAUGUCUGGCAGGCUCAGGAAGGUUUACAGGCCAAAGAGCAAGAAAGAAGGAUACAUGCUUGCACUGGAAGUAAUGACAGCACGUAUCACUAUCUCAUCUUGAUGCCCAACAUUCUUGUCGGGACAUUACCUCCGGAACUCUUCCUGUUCCUACCCGAGUUGACGACGCUCAUGUUGGGAUGGAACGCACGGUUGACGGGGCCGAUUCCGAGUGAGGUUGGUUUGUUGUCGUCGCUGGAAUAUUUGGAUUUGGAUGAUUGCAGUUUUCUUCAUAUCCCGUCGGAGAUCGGAAGGCUCAAGAGCUUGCAGGCUCUCAAUCUCUAUCACAAUCAGAUCAGCGGUGUCAUUCCCACUGAGCUUGGAAUGUUGGACCAACUCAAGUAUCUGUUUCUGGAUAGCAAUCAAAUGACCGGUCGAAUUCCUUCUGAGCUCGGACUUCUGAAGGAUCUCGUGUUUCUCUCACUGGAAGCCAACGCCUUGACGGGAUCGAUUCCGGAAGUGUUGUUUCCAGAGGGAUCACGCUUGUACGACUUGAGAUUGGGCAUCAACUCAUUUGAAGGCAGUCUCCCUUCUGCAAUCAACCACUUGACGGACUUGACGUAUCUGCAUGUAGGCGACUGCGGCCUUCAGGGUACAAUACCCGACAUUGGCCAAUUGACGCUGUUGGAAGGGUUGGUAAUGGCAGACAAUAAUCUCACUGGCACCAUAUCAAGUGAGAUUGGAUUGCUGACCAGUUUGGAAGAGUUGAUGCUUGAAGAGAACCAAUUGGUAGGCGCCGUCAGGGCCGAAAUUGGGGCUCUUACGGCACUGGUAGAGCUUCAGCUUGGUGAGAACCAACUGACUUCCUUGCCUUCGACAAUGGGUUUGAUUGACUCUCUUGUGGUUCUGGAUGUGACGAGGAAUCCCCUGGUUGGUUCGUUACCAUCCGAGCUCGGGUUGCUGACGAAUCUAGAGUCAUUCCACCUGUCUAAUACCUACCAGUCUGGCGCCAUUCCGCCUGAAGUCUGCGAGUUGCAAGAAGAUGGAGUGUUGGAAGAAAUAGAAGCGGAUUGUGAUUCUGUGGACUGCUGCGAACAAUCGAGUGACUCAGUCGAUUGA